UCAGUGAAGAGAGACACUGAAGGGAAUGGAUGUAAUCCAGUAGUCGCUAAAGAGAAGCGAGACUGACCAAUCACCAGUUAUAGGCUACAGCGUGAAGGACAGAGGUGUCAUUUUAACAUAAGCUUCUCUCUCACGAGCCUCGAAUACCUCAAUACUGGGGCGGUUCUUUCUUUGUCAAGUUUUUUAUUCUCUAACAAAAGGAGAUGUCUGGAAUUUUCUCUAAAAGUAAAAAGGAGAAGAAAAAGACUGACACUACUAGCAAGCAGGCUACUGAUGUCUCCAGCCCAGCUGUCACUGUUACUGCUGGUGAAGGGCUAUAUAGGAAGCUAGCUAUGCAUCAAACCAACAUAAUGCAAGAACUGGAGACAAUAGCUAAUUCUCUUGAUAAAGUCUUUGCUGAUGACAAGCAGCCUAACUAUAGCGACGUCAUUACGAGACUUCUUCAACAGCUGGACUCGGCAGUGUCUACUACACAAAAAUGUCUAACAAAAGAUAUUUAUGAGAAGAAUUCUAGUUUAAAGUCUAAAAUGGAUACCUAUCAAAAUGAGGUUCAUGCUAACGUGGCCUUGCUAGUGAAAUGGGCCGAUUUCUCCAGUCGUGAUCCACGAUACAGCAUGAACAGGGAAUAUGUCUUUGACUGUGUGACGAGAUUUAAGGAUGGACUAAAUUCUAUAGUGAGAUUAGUAGCUGAGAAUGUGAUAGGAGUAACCAAUGCUAGUAAUACACCAAGCAGAGUCACUGCAAGAAGGUCGUCUGUUGGUGAUACAGUUCUUCAUAAAACAGGCAAUGAGUUUCUUAAUGGUUCUGCGACACUACCCCACCAUCAUCAAGAUGCUCCCAUCAGCUCCACCUCUCUCUCUACUCCUGGCGUACCGACGAGAUCUCAGAGCGUUAAGCCGAGGCUUAACAUGAGUCGUGAUUCUCUUAACUCUGAUUCGUCUGAUUCCGACGUGAUGCUGAACAGACGAUCGGACAGCGCUGAUAGACAUGAAGAAUUGGCUCACUAUGCCACUCCUCCCCCUCCAUCAUCCCAUCGUCCGUCUGUUCCCGUCGUUGCCCACGACAACGGUCACUGGGGACCAACCCGUAAGACAAGCUCACCUGGCCAGGUUCCGACUGAUCGGGCAUUAAAUGGAGAUACCGGCGAGAAGCCUCCACCCAUCCCGGUCAAGAAGAGACGUCAGCAACAGCAAUACCUUCAGCAGCAGUCGUACUCACCUCAAGUCUCUCCCUCUCACCAUUCUUAUCACCAGCACUCUUAUUCUUCACCUGUCACUACUUAUACUCCACCUGCUCUUUUGAAAAGUCCCCGUAAGGGAGAAUACGAUGACAUUCCUCCUCCUCUCCCCUCCAAGAAAGGACCAAGAGCCUCAAUGACUGCCGGACUGAUAGCCACGCCCACGCUACCUCAUUCUCAUCCGAUGGGAGGUUCCCUUGAUGCCCCUCCCCCUCCGCUAAGAAUAGACUCCAUUGCUGGUCUCCGCUCUAAACUUGAGACUCAGCAAGGGAUGGGCGGAGUUCCUGGGGGCGUGGCUUCGACACUUCCCAACAAACCUCCUAGAGUAGACUCGGCAUCUGGUAGUGGCCCUCCUACUCCACAGCACAGCAGUUUAUUGAAACUCAUUGACCAAUACAAUAAGACCAUUCACGUACAACCCACCGGUGAGGCUCCGCCCAUCCCUCCGAAGAAGAGAACAGUUUUGAUGUACAAUCAGUUGUUCCAUUCUCAAGACUACACCUUUGACGACAGUCUCAUUCCUUCGCUAAACAUUCCCGACAUGGUGGCCCCUCCCCCUUUACCGCCUAAGAAGAGACGAAGAAGAGUCGUCGAACCGGUCAAACAGGAUAGCACAACCAGAACUGCCUCGACUGUGAUCAAUGGAUCUCCUCUUCAUAGUAGUGUUAAACAUAAUGGUGACGACUCAGCGGAUGAACUGGACCCAGCGGAAGAGAAGAUUGAUUACCUCAAGCUGGAGGAAGCCACUCCUUAUCUUAUAUUUGAGCAGGGGGAUGGAGGGUGCACUUUAAAAGGAGGAGAGAUUGAAGCACUCAUUGCUUAUGCUGCGUCUACCAGCAGCUCAGUUAAGCAAUACACUGAGGCCUUUCUCUCCACAUUCUAUACUUUCAUCACUCCCGAUCAGCUCAUAUCUAAAUUGCUGUAUCGUCUCGAAUACUUUUACAACCAGGGAAACUUGGCAGUGUGGCAGGCAACAACAAGUCUCCUUGUCAGAAUUCUCAGCAGUCAAGCUGUAGCGCUGAUAAAAGAGGCGGAGAUUACGUUAAUUGAGUUCAUUCAUAUGAUGCUUAAAGACGGGAACUUGAAAUUUGGGCAGCUGGUAAGAAAUGCCCUCGUCGAGAAGUUGAAUCAGAAAGCGCCGGAAUUUAUACCACUAUCAUUCGCCAUGUGUCGGAAAUCAGGUCGUCCUGCUAGUAUCAAUGAUUUUGAUGCGUCAGAGGUUGCUAAGCAACUGACGAUACUUGAUGCUGACUACUUUUACAAAAUUGACGUUUCUGAGAUGCUCUACUGGGCCAAGGAGCACAAUGAAGAGAAGUGCCCAAGACUGACUCUUUUCACCAUGCACUUUAAUAAUGUGUCACAAUGGACUAAGAGUAGACUAUUGGAGAAGGAUCUGGAAUGGAAAAAGAGAGAAAAGCUUAUGGUAUACUUUAUCAGUGUAAUGAAGUCAUUAAGAGAAUUCGGUAACUUCAAUGCUUAUCUAGCAAUACUUUCGGCAAUCGAGAGUGCACCUGUUUCACGACUUGAUUGGUCAGAAAAAAUAUUAAAAACUUUAGAGGAGCCAAGGGCGUUAAUUGAUUCCCGGGGCUCAUUCAAGAACUAUCGUCAAGCGUUCUCACAGACCAAACCGCCCUGCAUACCAUACAUUGGUCUCUACUUGCAAGAUUUGACAUUCCUUGAGGAGCAGCCGAGUAAGCUGGAAGACGGUGUGAGCGUCAACUUUAGUAAGAGAUGGAAGCAGUUUAGAUCAGUUGAUCACAUCAGAUUCUCACAGACAAAGCAAUAUGGUCAGGAUUUUCAUCCUGAUCCUAAUAUUAUGGGUGUAUUCAACAACUUUGCUGAUGUGGAGACAGAUGAGUCAUUGUGGGAUAGAUCUACUGACAUUAAACCAAGCAAUAGACAAAAGAGCUCCACUCAAAGUAGCAGUGCCAAUAAUUAAGGAUCAGGGUAGACCAGAAAAUAAAAAAAUAAUAAACAUUUUAUAUUUUUAAAAGCGGAAAGUUGCAGGCGCUCGCGAAAGAGAACAUCCGGUAUAUAUUAUGUCAUAAAGUUUUAAUUAAUUUAUUUUAUACCGAGUUCUUCCUUUAUUUUUUUCUUAAUCACAUCUCUCUGUUACUUUAUUAUCCGUAAUUAUGUGUUAUAUUAUAAAUUAUUUUUGUCUUCUCUCUCUCUCUUCCAUAAUUAAUCUCCUUAUUUUUUAUACAAGUAUAAUGUAAAACUGUUAUUAUUAUUAUUAUUAUUAUUAUUAUUAUUAUGAGUGACUUAAUUGUUUGUGUGUGUAUUUAUUAUCAUUAUUAACAUGUUAUUGUUGCUAUUUUGCUUUAUAGAAUGCACAUAGCAACUACAAUUCUUA